AUUAGCCCAAUGCUACUUCAAACACAUACCUCAUUGAUGUAAAUUUCUUUCCAAAACUGAGCUGAGCUCUGCAUCCCCUACACAGCUCUUGCAACCAAAACAGAGAAGAAAGAGAAACAGAAAAGAAAAUGGAGAGUGCUUUAAAUUGGGAAAACAAGAAAUUGGUUGAUGAACUUACUCAGGGGAUGGAACAAGCUAUGCAACUACGUGUUCAUAUAUGUUCGAAUUUUCCCUCAAAGGCUCAUGACUUGCUCCUUCAGGAAAUAAUAUCGACUUUCGAGAAUUCUCUGUUGAUUCUGAAGUGUUGUGGGCCUACUGCACGAGCCCAAGCUGGUCCACCAACACCAGCCGCACCCGAGUCUUCCUUAUCCCCAGACGUGAGCCCCAGAAGUGAGAAGGUUGAUAUAAACUUGACUAAUGCAUCUAAGAAGAGAAAGUCGCAGCCCACAAUAAGCAAGCAAGUGAGAGUUAGCAGUGAAAAUGGACCACUAAACGACGGAUAUAGUUGGAGAAAGUACGGGCAGAAAGACAUCUUGGGAGCCAAACAUCCCAGAAGCUAUUACCGAUGCACGUACCGCGCAGUUCGAAAUUGCUGGGCCACAAAGCAAGUGCAGAGAUCGGAUGACGACCCCACUUUAUUCGAGAUCAUAUACAAAGGGAAACACACGUGCAGUCAGCCAAGCUACACAGUUCCAAAGGCCACAUCAUCACCACGAGAACAACAUAAUAAAACAUUUUCGUGCCCCAAAAGAGUUAACUGCCUCAGGGUCGAGACUGGAGACUCAGAUGUCAAGAAAAUACCGGCACACUUCUGUUUUCCAACAACAUUUUCGGGGACUGAAGGAGAAAAUCAAUAUUCCCCAUUACCUGAAUAUCAUACAAGCAAUUAUCCUCCUAUUUUCUAUAAUCCAGACAUAUCAGAAUCGAAUUACCUGUCGGCUGUGACUUGCCAGAUGACGGAAAUAACCUCGGGGCAUGCGUUGUCAACAACAACAAAUUCUCUGCUGUUGGAGUUCCCGACUGAUUCAGUCGAAUUAGAUCCGAACUUCCCAUUCUACUCCCUGGAUUUUUCGAGUGAUUGAACGUUUAAUUUUGAAAAAGUUGAUGAAUAAGAGGGUAUGUUGAGUUUUGCAGGAAAAAUGCUUGCUCUCAUUAGAAGUUUAUGAUUAGGGAGAGAUGUUCUGGUAGAAAAGUUACCAAAAUGUGUCAAUAUAAUGGCAAAGAAAGAGCCGGAACUGAUCAUUUAUGAGUAACAUAGGUUUAGCAGUGCAGUUUCCCUGUAUAGAAAAAAUUGUGGUUUUCCACUAAGUCAUUAAACUGAUUUGGCACUCCAGUAUAACCAGGUGGGAAAACAGAUGCAUAAAUGAGGUAAAAGAGUCAAAACUGAUGAAGAGUUCGUACAAAAGAAACCAAAAGAAAAAACUUUUCAGGAUCUUUCUGUACAUUCUGGCGGCACUGUAAUCACAGAAGCAAACAAAAGAAUCUCCUUUACGAUAUCCCAGCUCCAGAAUCCGAGCAAGAAUUGAAAAUAGCAAAAGGAGGAAGAAAUAAAAUAGAACUAAAAACCAAAAAAGAAAGAGCAGAUUUAAUCUUGUAUAUGACUUAGACACUUACAAAUGACAUAAAGACAUGUUCAGCAGUAGAGCUUUGAGGUGGAUGAUUACUAGGACGAUUUCGA